CACACUGCGGUUAAGAGCAGGCGAAUAACGCUGGCGUGCUGCUGAAUAUAUUUUAAAUACUGCAACUGCCAGGUACCCGAGGAAUAAUAAGUGCAGGGCUUUGCGUUACAGCAGCGAGCUACUCGACCUCUGGCCUGUGGACGUCUAACAGCCGGCCGGUGUAUUUUGGAGCAGCGCCGUUCCCCCAUUUGAUACCGAGGGAAUAAAUAAACAGCACUACUGUCAUUGGAAAGACACACAGAUGCGCAAGUGCUCACUUUGCUUCUGUACUAAAACAGAUCUGUUAGUGACGCGUUUGCUACAGACGCCCGCAUGCUUGUCGAACUCUGAAGAACACCGCAGUUCCACAGACCGUGCUGUCGAAGCGUCACGCAAGUUGGGAUGAUAAGGUUCUGUUGGUCCGGUCCGGUUCUCCAGUGAGGAGGGAGUGAUUGAUGUCGGCUCUGAAGCCGCAUUGACUUUAACAAAACGUGACUUUCAUGCUGGUUUUGUUCACUUCUUUCCGGGAAACAGAACGCAAUACGAUGUUCAUCAACCUGAGUUUGCGGUAAUACUGUAUUUCAUAUUGCCCUCCAGAAAGGAAAGACAACAAGACAAUGUCGGGUAACCUGUCCUCCCCCUGCCCUGGGAACAGCUCUGAGGCCUGGCAGGCUCCCUCCUUCACGCGGGCUGCACAGUUCCGUGUGGGUGCCACGAUGCUGCUCUUCUCCUUUGCGGCGGUCAGUAACCUGGCCGUGCUGUUCAGCGUGGCACAGGGGGGCGGCCGCCGGCUCUCUCCGCGGUUCCGACCCCUCAUCCUCAGCCUGACGCUGGCUGACCUCAUGAUGACCUUCGUGGUGAUGCCUUUGGACGCUGUGUGGAACGUGACGGUCCAGUGGUACGCGGGUGAUGUGCUCUGCAAGCUCCUGUGCUUCCUCAAGCUGUUCGCCAUGCACGCCUCUGCAUUCAUCCUGGUGGCCAUCAGCCUGGACCGGCACGCUGCCAUCCUGUACCCCCUGAGCUCCCUCGACUCCCAGAGACGCAACAAGAGGAUGCUGCUGGUGGCCUGGAGCGCCAGCCUGCUGCUCGCCUCCCCACAGCUGUUCAUCUUCCGGACGAUCAAGGCGGGGAAUGCAGACUUCACGCAGUGCGUGACUCACGGGAGCUUCCAGCAGCGUUGGCAGGAGACACUGUACAACAUGUUCCACUUCGUCACGCUCUACGUCAUGCCCCUGCUCGUCAUGAUCUUCUGCUACGUGCGCAUCAUGCUGGAGAUCAACCGGCAGAUGAAGAAAAACAAAGCGGGGGAUUCCUGUCUGCGUCGGAGCGGCACUGAUCAAAUCCCAAAGGCCCGCUUAAAGACCUUGAAGAUGACCAUCAUCAUCGUGGCCUCCUUCGUCAUCUGCUGGACCCCCUACUACCUGCUGGGGAUCUGGUACUGGUUCCACCCUCAGAUGCUGAGGGAGACCCCGGAGUACGUCAACCACAUCCUGUUCCUGUUUGGCCACCUGAACACCUGCUCUGACCCGGUCAUCUACGGUCUCUACACACCCUCCUUCCGGGCCGACCUGGCAUCCUGCUGGCGCCGCUGCACCCCGGACUCGCCACGGACCCCCGACCAGAGCGAGAACAGUCAAGAGGGGACUGGGCUGGAGCGAGAGCAGUAAAGAGGGGGCAAUGCUGGAGAGAGGGCAGUACA